AUGUCGAGCACCGCCACCAAUUCAGACACCCUUUACACUACCCUGAAGACGGAUCGUUCCAUGAGCACGGCUCAGUCCAUGAAGUCCGUUCGCUUCCACGGACCGGGGGACAUCCGAGUCGAUGUUGUCGACGAACCUGUGUGUGGGAAGGGGCAGGUGAAGAUGCGCCCAGCGUAUGUUGGGAUCUGCGGUAGCGAUCUCCACGAAUACAACUCAGGACCGGUGUUGAUCCCGAAGAAGCCGCACCCACUCACGGGAACGUCCUACCCGGUUACACUGGGCCAUGAAUUCGGCGGCAUCGUCGAGGAGAUCGGAGAGGGCGUCACGCAUGUAUCGCCCGGACAACGGGUCGUCGUGCGACCGACGAUCUACGAUGGGACGUGCCGGGCUUGUCAAAUGGGCUACAAUUACUGCUGUGAGAACAUCGGGUUUAUCGGAUUAUCAGGAUACGGCGGCGGUCUAUCCAAGUACAUCGUCGCACCGGCAGAGCACUUCAACCCCAUCCCGGAUAGCAUCUCACUCAAGAGUGCAGCGCUCAUCGAGCCCUUAGCGGUCGCAUGGCACGCCGUCAACGUAUCCCCGCUAAAGCCCAACGACCGGGUGUUCAUGAUCGGAAGCGGACCGAUCGGGAUUGGCGUGAUCCAGGUGCUGAAGCUGCGCGGGGCCGGGCAGAUCAUCGUGUCCGAGAUGAUGGGCAGCCGGAAACGACAGGCGGUUGAAUUCGGCGCGACAGACGUCUUGGACCCCCGCGAGGUGGACGUCACGAAGCGGGUGCGGGAGCUCACGGACGGCAUGGGCGCGGAUAUCAUCUUCGAUACGGCUGGGGUGGAAACCGCGCUGAAUGGCGCGAUCGGCGCCUGUCGGAGUCACGGGACGAUUGUGAACAUCGCGGUGUGGGAGAACCGACCGGCUAUCCGGGUGAAUGACCUGAUGUACAACGAGGUGAAGUAUACGGGAUCGGCCCUGUAUGAUGAUGCAUCCUUCCAGGAUGUGAUUCGCGCGUUGGACCAAAAACAACUGCAGCCGGAGAAUAUGAUCACGACGACGGUCAAAAUGGACGACGUGGUUGAGAAAGGGUUCAAGGCGUUGUUGGAGGACCGAGAGAACUACUGCAAGAUCCUGGUGGAUGUGCAGGGAUGUCAGUAG